AUGUCUGCUCCUCCCGCACCCUCAUCAAAGUCAGUGCUGUUCGCCCGCGGUAUUAUUUCCCGCCUUUCCAUUUGGCCCGCGCUUCGCAUCGCCGUUGAUCAAAACUGGGGUGGUCCUGAAUCCGCGGAGAAGCGCACAUGGCUCGCGUCUGUCCUCGUUGAUGCAUUCGAACAAGAGAAUCCUGCGCCAGAUGUCCAAUAUGUUGAGCUUACGCUGCUGCAGGUCAUGGAAGACGAGUUCGACACUGUGAUUGAUGAUGAUAGCGCGGAGAGCGUCGCAAAGGAUGUCGUAGCGCUCUGGGAAGACAUCGAGUCUGGACAGUCGGUGCUGGUAAAGAAGUUUGAGGAACUCUCGGAUAAAUUGAAGGGUAAAAAAGUACAGGCUGAGGAGGCUGUGGGAGAUGAGAGUGAUUGGGAGGACGAGAGCUCCGAGGAGGAUGAGGACGCAGGCGAGAAUGAAGACGCUCCACCAAUGCUUUUAGAUCAUCAGCACCCUCCUCGAAAACAAGAGCCCGAAGUAGAUGACGAUGGGUUUACAAUAGUGAAAGGAAAAGGGAAAAGUCACCGAUGUGAGUGA